AUGUCUCGACGAAAGCAGCGCAAGCCCCAACAGCUAAUCUCGGACUGUGAAGGUCCCAACGCGUCUGAGAACGGUGAUGCUGGCGAGGAGGAUCACCCCCAGGUCUGUGCCAAGUGCUGCGCACAGUUCUCUGACCCUGCUGAAUUCCUUGCCCAUCAGAGCUCCUGUUCUACUGACCCUCCUGUGAUGGUGAUACUCGGCGGGCAGGAGAACCCCAACAACUCUUCAGCCUCCACUGAACCCCGACCUGAGAGCCACACUAGCCCGCAAGUCAUGGACCCCGAGCGCAGCAACCCCCCAGAUUCUGGGGCUUCUGGGCCCACGGAUCCCAGCUGGGGUACUGAGAGGAAAGGAGAGGAAUCUUCUGGGCAUUUUCUGGUCGCUGCCACGGGUACAGCGGCUGCGGGAGGUGGGGGCCUGAUCUUGGCCAGUCCCAAGCUGGGAGCCACCCCACUACCUCCGGAGUCCACUCCCGCACCGCCCCCUCCACCUCCACCGCCGCCCCCUCCGCCCCCAGGGGUGGGCACAGGCCACUUGAACAUCCCGCUGAUUCUGGAGGAGCUGCGGGUGCUGCAGCAGCGGCAGAUCCAUCAGAUGCAGAUGACAGAGCAGAUCUGCCGGCAGGUGCUGCUGCUGGGCUCCUUAGGCCAGAACGUGGGUUCCCCUGCCAGUUCCUCCGAGCUGCCUGCCACGGGAACUGCCUCCACCACCAAACCCCUUCUCCCCCUCUUUAGCCCCAUCAAACCUGUCCAACCCGGCAAGACACUGGCACCCUCUUCUUCGUCCUCCUCCUCCUCAGGAACUGAAACACCCAAGCAGGCUUUCUUCCACCUUUAUCAUCCGCUGGGGUCACAGCACCCCUUCUCUGCCGGAGGGGUUGGACGCAGCCACAAAACAGCGCCCGCCCCCUCCCCGGCUCUGCCCAGCAACGCAGAGCAGCUGAUGGCGUCUCCUCAUCUGGCGUUCCCCAGCACCACAGGACUGCUGGCAGCGCAGUGCCUUGGGGCUGCUCGAGGCCUCGAGGCUGCAGCCUCGCCAGGGCUCCUGAAGCCAAAGAACGGAAGCGGUGAGCUGGGCUAUGGGGAAGUGAUGGGGCCCUUGGAGAAGCCCGGUGGGAGACACAAAUGCCGCUUUUGCGCCAAGGUGUUUGGCAGCGACAGUGCCCUGCAGAUCCACCUCCGUUCGCACACCGGGGAGAGACCCUAUAAGUGCAAUGUGUGCGGCAACCGCUUUACCACCCGUGGCAACCUCAAGGUGCACUUCCACCGGCAUCGUGAGAAGUACCCACACGUGCAGAUGAAUCCACACCCGGUGCCGGAGCACCUAGACUACGUCAUCACGAGCAGCGGCCUGCCCUAUGGUAUGUCUGUGCCCCCGGAGAAGGCUGAGGAGGAGUCGGCCACGCCUGGUGGAAGUGUGGAACGCAAGCCCCUGGUGGCCUCCACCACUGCGCUCAGUGCCACCGAGAGCCUGACGCUGCUCUCCACGGGCGCAGGCACUGCGCCCGCACCUGGCCUCCCUGCUUUCAAUAAGUUUGUGCUCAUGAAAGCGGUGGAGCCCAAAAAUAAAGCUGAUGAGAACACACCCCCGGGGAGUGAGGGCUCGGCCAUCAGUAGUGCAGCAGAGGGUGGCACAGCCACCCGGAUGCAGCUGAGCAAGCUGGUGACUUCGCUGCCAAGCUGGGCGCUGCUGACCAACCACUUCAAGUCCACUGGCAGUUUCCCCUUCCCCUACGUGCUGGAGCCCUUGGGCGCCUCCCCCUCGGAGACAUCAAAGCUGCAACAACUGGUAGAGAAGAUUGACAGACAGGGAGCUGUGGCCAUGGCUGCAACUGCCACAGGAGCUCCCACCACCUCUGCCCCUGCCCCUUCGUCCUCGGCUUCCUCUGGACCUAAUCAGUGUGUCAUCUGCCUGCGGGUGCUGAGCUGUCCCCGGGCCCUGCGGCUGCAUUAUGGCCAGCAUGGAGGUGAGCGGCCCUUCAAAUGCAAAGUGUGUGGCCGAGCCUUCUCCACGCGUGGCAAUCUCCGUGCCCAUUUCGUGGGCCACAAGACCAGUCCAGCUGCCCGGGCCCAGAACUCCUGCCCCAUCUGCCAGAAGAAGUUCACCAAUGCUGUAACCCUGCAGCAGCACGUUCGGAUGCACCUGGGGGGCCAGAUCCCCAAUGGUGGUACCACACUUCCAGAAGCAGGCGGGGCUGCUCAGGAGAAUGGCUCCGAGCAAUCCACAGUUUCUGGAGCAGGGAGCUUCCCCCAGCAGCAGCCCCAACAGCCUUCACCAGAGGAAGAGUUGUCGGAGGAGGAGGAAGAAGAGGAGGAAGAAGAGGAGGAAGUGACUGAUGAAGACUCCCUGGCCGGGAGAGGCUCUGAGAGUGGAGGUGAGAAGGCAAUAUCCGUGCGAGGGGACUCAGAAGAGGCUUCUGGGGCAGAGGAGGAAGUAGCGCCUACUCCAACAGCUGCAGCAGCAGGAACAGCCACAACCGGGAAGGAGAUGGACAGUAGUGAGAAAGCAGCUCAGCAAUCUUGUCUGCCUGUGCCUCCACCUCCACCACCUGACACCCUGGAUCAGCCGCAGCCUAUGGAGCAGGGAAGUGGGGAAGUGGCUGGAGGUGUGGAGGAGGGCAGCAGCAAAGCAGAAGGGAGCUCUAGCCCAGCCACAGUGCUCCCUCUGGAAGCGGAGGGUCCCAGCCCCAGUGUGGUGGAGGAGCUGGGCUUGCAGGAGGUCAUGAGAAAGGAAGUGGGGGAGAGUAGCAGCCGUAAGGCCUGUGCAGUGUGUGGCCAGGCCUUCCCCACACAGGCGGUGCUGGAGGAGCACCAGAAGACCCACUCCAAGGAGGGGCCACUCUUCACCUGUGUCUUCUGCAGGCAGGGCUUUCUUGAGCGGGCCACCCUCAAGAAGCACAUGUUGCUGAUGCACCACCAGGUACAGCCCUUCACCCCCCACACUCCUCAGAAUAUCACCGCUCUGUCCUUGGUUCCUGGCUGUUCACCUUCCCUUGCUUCCCCUGGGCUCUCCCCCUUCCCCCGAAAAGAUGACCCCACCAUCCCCUGA